GGGAGGGGAGCAGCCACUUAAUUCAUUAGGUCUCCUUUAAGCCCGUCUCCCCUGCCGCCCCUCCUCACUCGCCAGCAUGACGCUCCCUGCGCGCACACACAUUCUUUCCUGCCGCUCCGCAGCUCCGCGUCGUCCCUGAACACAACUUUUCAGGCGCAUCGAUCACCUUCGCCGAAGCUUCUGCCGUGACGGGAGGAAAUGAGCGUCGCGACGACGGGAAGACGGAUCUGCGAUCGGCGCUUCUGACAGCUGAGCUCCUUCGGCUAUGCCACAGUCCCCUCUCUGAUGACACGAUGAGAACCCACACCCGCGGGGCCCCCACAGUCUUCUUCUUAAGUCUGCUGUGGCCCCUGCUCGCCCCGGUGGUGGCAGCGGCAGCGGAAGUGGACCCCAGCGGAGGUAUCCCCUUCAUGGGAGGCAACUACAAUGGUCAUCCCAUGCUGUACUUCAACCGGGGGGAUGUGGAGGAGAUGCAGUAUGCAGCAGCGGGGACUCAUCGGGACAUGGCGAGGAGGAUCCGUGAGGCUGGGGAAACCAUGCUAGAGCACCCCGAGGAGUACCUGCCCCCCUGGAGCCCUGCAGAGUUCAGUGCCCGCUGGAACGAGGUAUACGGGAACAACCUGGGGGUGCUUUCCAUGUUCUGCCUGCUGUACCCCCACAGGGCCGGGGCCCUCGACCUGGCCAAGGACUACAUGGAGAGGAUGGCGGCUCAGCCUAGUUGGUUGGUCAAAGACGCUCCCUGGGAUGAAGUUCCUCUGGCGCACUCUUUGGUCGGGUUUGCCACAGCUUACGACUUCCUGUACGAAUACUUGAACAAGGGCCAGCAGGAGCGUUUCCUCCAGGUGAUCGGCAACGCGUCGCGCCUGAUGUACGAGAAGUCGUACGUCCGAGGCUGGGGGUUCCAGUACCUGCACAACCACCAGCCCACCAACUGUGUGGCUCUGCUCACAGGAAGCCUGGUUUACAUGACCCAAGGUUACCUCCAGGAGGCCUACCUGUGGACCAAGCAGGUCCUGUCCAUCAUGGAGAAGUCCAUGAUCCUUAUGCAGGAUGUGACGGAUGGCUCUCUCUACGAGGGAGUGGCAUACGGGACUUACACCACCCGCUCUCUGUUCCAGUACAUGUUCCUGGUGCAGCGCCACUUCGCCAUCAGCCACUUCGACCACCCCUGGCUCCUAAAACACUUCGCCUUCCUGUACAGGACUAUCCUGCCCGGAUUUCAGCGGACUGUAGCCAUUGCAGAUUCCAACUACAACUGGUUCUACGGGCCGGAGAGCCAGCUGGUCUUCUUGGACCGUUAUGUGUUGCGUAAUGGCAGUGGAAACUGGCUGGCAGAUCUGAUUCAUCAAAACAGGGUGAUGGAAGGGCCAGGGCAGGCUGGAAAAGGCCAGCGAUGGUGUACUCUCCACACAGAGUUCAUCUGGUAUGACCCAGGCCUGAUUCCUACUCCUCCAUCAGAUUUUGGAACAUCCCAACUCUACUACUUUGAGGACUGGGGUGUGGUGACGUACGGCAGUGCUUUACCUGCAGAAACCAACCGUACCUUUCUCUCUUUCAAGUCGGGGAAGCUGGGGGGACGAGCCAUCUUUGACAUUGUUCACAGGAACAAAUACAAAGAGUGGAUCAAAGGGUGGAGGAACUUUAAUGCUGGCCACGAGCACCCUGAUCAGAACACUUUCACUUUUGCGCCCAAUGGUGUCCCAUUUAUCACUGAGGCACUCUAUGGACCCAAGUACACUUUGUUGAACAAUGCAGUGUUGUUCGGCCCAACUAUGUCAGGGAGUUGCUUUAAACCGUGGGCGGGACAAGUUACGGAAGCCUGCGAUUCCAAAUGGUUGAAGUACAAGGUGGGGUUGGCGGCUGAUACUCAGGGCAGAGUUGAAGCUGCUAUGGAGAGACAGGGAAUGGUCUUCAUCCGUGGCGAGGGACAUUCUGCUUAUAAUCCAGAGCUGAAGAUCAGGAACUUUCAGAGAAACCUGCUCCUUCUUCACCCACAGCUCCUGCUCCUUGUGGACCACAUCCACCUGGAUCCAGACAGCCCAACCAGGGCAAUGAGUGCCUUCUUUCACAACACGGAACUUCCAUUCCAGGGUUCAAAGGUAGAUGGUGUUCAUGGAGCAUUUGUAUCGCAUGGUGAGGAUAAAUAUAAGAUGUUCUGGAUGGAUGACACAGGUUACAGUAGCAAAGCAGUGGUGGGUUAUUGGAAUUACCCUCGAGGAUACCCCUAUAAUGGGUCUAACUAUGUGAACGUCACAAUGCCAUUGAGGUACCCUCACACUAGGGUGGCCUACAUUUUCUUUGGACCAGGUGUGGAUGUACAGAGUUUCAGCCUGCGUGGCGAUGACCAGAGAGUGGAUAUCUACCUGGCCACCAAGGAUCACACCUACACCAUCUACCUGCUGACUGGAGAGGUCACCAGCAAGCCUCUGUUUGCCAUGGUGCUGCUGGAUCACAAGAAGAUCGUGUUCGAGAAGGCGGCGGCUGCGGUGGACAGCUCACCUGAGGAAGUGGAGGAAUACGUCAAUGUGAUGGAGGAUAACCUCCAGCAUGUCAAGCCCGUCUUCCAGCAGAUGGAGAGACACAUCCUAGGCCGAGUUCUCAACACCGCCAGCUUCCGAAAGACUGCAGAGCGCCUCCUCCAGUUCUCCGACAAAAAGAAGACAGAGGAGGUCAUUGAGAAGAUGUUUGCUAUGUCGAAGAAGCAGGGCAAGAGUAAAGGGGGGAAGAAAGUGAACCUUGGAGACAAGCUUUCUGAGAGUCUACCAGACAUUUUUGCACAGAUUGAGGUGAAUGAGAAGAAGGAGAGACAGAGGACUUCAAAGCGUGCAUAUGAGGACAGUCCAGAGGAGGGAGAUGCAGACUCGCGGGCCUUCAUGGAUUAUCCAGAUGGCCGCAAAAACAGAAAGGGGGCCUUUGUCAAGGGCCGCAAAUUCAAGGAGGUUCACAUGGUGGCCACGGCAGGGAGUGAGGGUCUCUCCAGCACAGCCUCCUACAUAAGACUCUUUCUCCUCCUGAACACUUUCACCUUCUUUUUGCUGCUGGCUGUGAUACUGACUCGCUUUCAGAGGGGUCGAAGCUUGCAUACGCAGAGAUGUUUCUACACCAUCCUUCUGAUUGACUGCUUCAUCUUACUGUACCUCUACUCCUCCUGCUCUCACACACAGUGCUGAGCAUGAGUGCGUGAGGGCUCGUCCAGCUACAGAUCCAAUGACCUGUUGUUCACGGUGAACUAAAUGCACCCCACACCUCAGUUUGAGCCAGAUCUUAUUAGGACAUUAGGGCUACUUUUGGGAAAAAAAAUCUGAGAUUUCAAGGAAGUAUUUUUAAGUUGUACAUGUACUAGAAAAAAGCUCAAAUGUUAUGAGAUUAAGUCAUAAUUUUACAAGAAAAAAUAAUGUCAUAAUGUAAUACAAAUAUAUUUCAUGACGCUUAUUUGAAGGUGAGGUGAGUAAUUGUGGACAAAGAUUGUUGAUAUUGACAGAAUUUGAUAUUAAGUGAAUAUUUCUUUCUUCCGUUCUGUUACGAGCACUCACACAAAAAUAAUUUUUUUUGUACAUGGCCUUGGUUCUGUAAAUGGGAAACAAAGUGGAGCAGGCCAAAUUACGCAGCACGAUUCCAGCCAAUCAGCUGGCAUUCGUGCUUAUGCACAGGACAAGGGGAGGGGGCAAGGAGAUGAUGCUAAUGUGUAAUUACAAUCUGAAGAAGGAGGGAUGGUAAUAUCAGCAGUCUUUCUCCAGAAUGAGUCACCCCCCCUUAAAUACUUAUCCCUCCUUUGUCUGUGCAGACUUUUCUCACAACAUUAUAAAAUAUUACUCAAGCUAUAUUUUGAUUUUUAUUCUUUUUGAAUGGUAAUUUUUUUGUCCAAAUUACAAUCUAAGAGUAGUGAUAUUAUUCAUUUUAUUUUCAUAAUAUGAUUAAAUAUGAUUAAAUCUCGUAAUUUUUAAACUUUUCAUCGCGAUAUGCUAACUUUCUUGAAAUUACCACUUAAUACUCAUAAUAGUGUGACUUUUGUUCUCAUGAUGUUAUGACUUGUAUUUUCAUAAUAUCAUGAGUUUUUUUUUCUAGAAAUUAGGACUUUAUUCUCAUAACAUUAUGACUUUUUCCAUGAAAUAUUAUGACUUUUUCCAUGAAAUAUUAUGACUUUGUUCUACAAAUCUCACUUUUUUUUUUUUCUAUCAGUGGCCCUUAUAGUCAUGAGAUCUACCUAAUGGGUGUUCAGGAAAAACAACUGAUUCCAAAUAGGAAUUGAUGAAUUGCCAAGAUGAAACCAGACCACCUCUGAUGUAAUAAGCUUCUGUGGAGCUUUCGAACCUAGUCUGUGUGAAGUUUGUCCUUUGUCGUGUUCAGAGGUCCUGCCUUGUAUCAAAGAUCUCAAGGUUAGCCACUAUAAUACAGUUGCCUCAUCUGUACUUGAGAUUUUCCCUGUCUACAUAGUUCAGAAAAUACAUUUAAAUGUAUAUAUGUGAAAGCAAGAUAUAUUUUUAUGGUCUCUUUUUUACCAUUUGUAAAUAAAAUUACUACGUGCAUAGCUGUGUAUCCAUUGUGUGUUGUGUCCGGUGAAUGUGUGAACUCAAAGGAGAAUAUUCAGUAUGUAUCGUCUGAUGGCCAUGACCCAUCACAACUUUAGCUAAAACAAGCAAAUGAAGAAGGGAUAUUCAACACUUUGACAACACAGGGAGCUGUAAGCAGAGAUAUGUGUCUAAGAAUGGAUUUGUUUACAACUAUAGCUCCUCAUGUGGAGGCCCCUGAGUAGAGACAACUGCUUAAACAUAAUCACUGACAAUUUAGUAAAACACAGUUGUAAUAAUAUCAAAUAUGUCUUCAUAGGAGGAGUUAUAAUUGUUGAAAAAUACUGUACAUUAAUGAACACUUGAUAAUGCCCCCAUGGCUGGAACAACUGCAUUAUACUGUGUCAUGAAGCAUUUAUUUAAUGUGUGCUGAGUGGAAUGCUGAGUGAAAACAAGCAAAUACGGAAUCACAGCAGUCUCACUCAAGACCUUUUCACAUGUGACAGGAGUAAAGGCACAUGUGUGAGUAAUGAAAUGAAUGAUGGCUGAUCCACUUUGCUGCUUCAGUUUCAGGAUCCCUGUAUUAUUCAUACUGGCUCACUGUCACAGCUUAAAUAGAUUGUUAAUGUGCCAACUAACAGCUGUGUUUUUCCUACCAUGACAAGUCAAGAUGUCUGCUGUAAAAAGCACCUAGCACUAGCCUUUUUCUAUAAUUAGUAGUGUGCUCAUCUGUUUUAACGCUUCGCCCACGUCAUAUGGGACGGAUGGUAGAGAUGGCAAGGCCUCCCAUGUUAAAGUCAUCAUCAGACAAGAUGUUUGUACGACUGCAGAGUUGUUCGUCAUGGUUGAAGAGACUGUGCGUUGACAAUUGAACAUUAUAUCUAUUGCAUUUUGGUUUAAAUUGCUUUGAACAACAGACUUAGGCUGUGUCCAUGUUUGCUAUGAGCCUACUGUAUUCUGAAGCAGCAAGUCAGAUACGUCAGAGAAAUAAGAAAACCUGAGCGUCCCAGCUGCAAUUACAACUUUUAUGUUGAUGUGAAUGUUAUUUCUCAUAAUUACAAUAACUUUGAUAUGGCAUGAACCCAACAUUAGUGUCCCCCAGAAACAUCACAGCUUAGUUCAGUUGUUGUAUACGACAUGCAGCUGACAUCUCUUUUUAGCUUGUGGUUUUUGUAUGUCCAGCACAUUUCUUUGAUAUGUAUGUGUUAUUACAUUGGUGGAUGUUUAUCAGAACUGUUCUCGUGCUUUACUUAACUCCAGCGUUUACUUAUAAAUAUGACAUUUGUUUGAAACAAGGUGGUGAAGAUG